AUGAGCGAUAUUCUUGUGAUAGCUAUUAUCUUUGGACAAUGUAUUGCUAACAUAUCAUUUGUCACUCAUUUCUUACAAUCAUAUGCAGAAGCACGAGGAACAGCAGCACCAGUGUUUCGACUUAUAUCUGAGGUAGAUUUGAAGCUUCAUCAAUCGCUUGUGCCAAAGUAUGCAAUUCUUUCUCUAUUUAUGUAUCAUAUUCAGACAGAAGGAUCAAAUGCGAUAGAAACCGAACUAUGGAUGAAUGAUGUGAUACAGAACAAAGUGAUUAAUAUCAAUGGGGACAUUCAUUUUGAUAAUAUCAAC